AUGUCCCUAACGUUUGAUGUUGUAACUUACUUGCAGGAGGAACCACUUUCCAAUAUUUUAGAGCCUUUCCGUGACAUCUAUAAGAUGAACUUUAAUGGUACAGGUGACACUGUCUUCGAAAAUCCAAUCGGUGAAGUUGCAUCAAGGGAAUCUCUUAUAAAUUUAUUUACUCGAUUCACACUUCACGUCAGUCAAGGAAAUUUUGUCACUUCCGAGAUAAGAAAUCUUUUCUCUCGAAUGACUCGUAUUCAAUACUGGCUGACUUCUACAUCGUUCGACUUGGCUCCAUUUGAACCACUAGCAAAGACAAUUUUAAACUACAGUUCAGAUGUCGAGGUUUGGCAAUGUCUCAUGCAUCUUGUCGAUACGCUUGAAACAAUGAUCAAAGGACCCACUGAUCAACCAAAGAAAUUGGCGGCAGACUCGAUUUAUAGGCGUGCUGGAGCACCACUUGAUCGAGCCGGAAAGACAAUGGAAGAACUCAAGGAAUCAAUGCGCCAUGAACUGUCUGGAUCGGAGAUUAUCAAAUCUUCCGUCAGCACUUGGACGAAAUCGGCAAAGGAGAAAGGAAAGAUGGCCAGAAGUAGAUUCAUGCACUCCAUUGAAGCCACACAAUGUCACACAUUAGCCAAAGGACAAAUCGAAGGAGGGCAAACCGAUCGACAGCUUGAUUAUUUUAUCAAGCGAAAUAAUCUCCCUACUGGUGACGGCUAUCACUGGCGCGACGUACUUGUGGUAGGAGAGCUCACGAAGCUACGAACAUCAGCGUUUUUGGACAAGUUUCUCCGGCUUUGUGUGUACAUGAGUGAAGUCUUCUUGGCCCAGCCAUUACGGCAUUUUGUUCACGGGUUCAUACUUUUUGGGACUCAACUUCAGCUUUGGGUAUUCGAUCGGUCAGGUCCUUACUGUGAGUCGAUCAUUGAUAUUGGGAUGAUGAGCGACAAAGAGCACGGGAUCGACUCAAACAUCCGAUAUGAUGGUGACGAGAUCAUCAUCAAGAUGAAGGUUCCAGGGUCAAAUGUUAUGCAGGAGUUUUCUCUUGAUUCGAAGCCGUUGGUAUGUCAAUCGGCGCUUGUCUCUAGGGGCACAACUAUUUACUCCUCUAUUGAUAAAAAAUAUGUGGUAAAGUUCUCGUGGAAGAUUUGUGGGAAAACAUCUGAGGUGGAAUUGCUCAAGGUUGCAAAGGAUGUUGUAGGCAUGGCAAAGCUCAUCGGAUGGCGCGAUUUAGUACAGACAAGCACACUCCGAAAGGGACUUACUUUCACUCAACUCAUGGUGAAGUGCACACGACCGGCUGAAAAGAUAUUAACCACGCCUGUCGUUUUAAGUGGGAAUUCUGUUCAAUACCUAAAGAAGAGUACAAGUAAAGCUGAAUCUCGCAAACGGAAGAGCGAGCCAGAACAGGCCGGAGCCAGAAUUGAGUCAGUAAGUAAGCGAACACGAAGUGGAACUAAAGAAGUACCUCGAAGUGUCCCUGUAGUCGAAAUUAGAUCACGACCAACUGGAAUAGUCGUUGAAUCAGGAAAGACCACUCAAGCCAAUGAAAGCCUUGACGUUCCCCAAAGUCCGCAGAGACGUAGCAGUCGCAUCGAGGAACUACGAAUGAGUCAAUCGGUUGGUGGAAAGCGAAAGAUCCAGGAAGACGUAGAUGUCAAUGAUCGUCUCAAAAGAGUCCAUCUUUCCAGUCAUAGAGAAGAAGCGACAACUGAUGAAAAUGAUGCACCAAACUCUUCUCUUGGGAGUGAAUCUAACCACACAAGUACGACCGAAGCGAGUGAAGAAUCGAUGAUGUCGUUUACGAGUGAUUUCAUCCCAUCUGGAUACAAGAUUGAAAGAGCGGAAUGUGUCGACAUACGGAAGCGCCAGCAAGCAGCGGUUGCAAUAACGCCAAUCGGGAAACCAAUCAAUGAUUUCAACACGCCGCUAGAAGUAGUAAUGGGGCUACGCGACGCCAUUAAGGCUCAUAGAUCUCUUUUUACCGAUGCCAAAAUAUUGCAUCGAGACAUUUCGGUGAAUAACAUCCUCCUGAAGAUCUGUGACGACCCUAAAGAUUAUGGAGGCAUUCUGAUCGACCUGGACCUUGCAACUUUGUUCAAGGACGGCAAGGCACAAGGGAAACUGGAAGCGAUGACGGGAACCAUGCAAUUUAUGGCACUAGAAAUCCUGAAGAACAGCUUCGCAGCACCUGGUGCUGUAGUGUCACACUCGUACCGGCAUGAUCUUGAGUCUUUUUUCUAUAUGUUGUUGUGGAUAUGUAUACGCUAUGGAUGGCCGGAUAACAAGUCACCGCAUUUGGACUUCUUAAGAAAGUGGUACUCAGGGACUGCGGAAGAGAUCCACACGAACAAGAAAAUGCAGAUGAAACCCGAAACAUUCGGGGAAGAGGUCUAUGAACGGAUCUCACCAAUGUUUAAAAAUGUCGAAAUUCUUGUUUGGACUUUCUGGAGAAUUUUAUUUCGAAAGGGCGAAGAUAUUGCGACGGGUACCACUCAUGACCCUGAUACUUUGUAUAGCCCGAUAUUAAAGGCAUUCGAAAAUAACAUACUCGUUCUAAGGUCUUAA